CAUGUGGGUAACAGAGUCACCAUUACAAAAAGACUCACUCCCUGUGACCCUAACUGAGUCAGUGUUGUCCCUCCCAAGAUGAAGCUGCUGCUGCUGUGUCUGGGGCUGACCCUGGUCUGUGCCCACCAUGAACAGAACCAUGGCGUUGUGACAAGCAACUUCGACAUGUCAAAGAUUUCCGGGGAGUGGUAUACCAUUCUCUUGGCCUCAGGCAUGAAGGAAAAGGCAGAAGAACAAGGUAGCUUCAGAAUGUUUGUAGAAUACAUCGAGGCUUUGGAUAACUCUUCUCUGUUAAUAACAUGUCAUAAAAAGAUCAACGGAGAGUGUGCUGAACUGACUUUCAUUUGUGAUGAAACAGAAGAGGAAGGUGUAUAUAGUGUUUCCUAUCUUGGAUACAACGAGUUUCACAUACUUGAAGCAGACUACAAUGACUAUGUUAUUCUUUAUUAUGUGAAUUACCAUAAUGAGGAAAUAACACAAGGGAUGGAGCUCUACGCCCGAAACCCAGAUGUGAGUCCACAAAUCAAGAAAAGGUUUGAGGAACUUUGCGAAAACACUGGAAUUCCAAAGGAAAAUGUGGUGGAUGUGACCAAUGCAGAAACUCAUUCAGUUUCUCUCUGGGAAAUAAGGGGCUGCUGGUUGACUGUGCUCUGUUCUGCUUCUGCAGACCCCUGUUCCCAGGACUGAUGGAGCCACAGAGCCCAGGCCUCCAGUGCCCAGUGAGUGCUUCCUUCCAUGGUCCCCAUGUCAUCCUGUGACAAGUUCUGUGAUCUGAUAUCCAGCAUUGUCCUCCAGGAAGGCAUCAUCUCUGAAUCUUCAGCAUUUUCUCAACAUGUCUAGAAAAGACUCAUCAACUCAUCAAGAGCCAAAGGUUUUCUCCAAAUUUCCAACCUCCUAUGCCAUACCUGGGAGAACUCUAUCAUGAAUAACACUUUCUUCUACCUGGUCAAUAAAUCACGUAUCUUGCA